AUGGCCGUGCUUGCACCUUCGGAUUGGCAAUAUUUACCUAGAGACAGCCACGCAAUGGACUUACCUUCCAACAACUCCAGACAGCAACGGUCGUCGCCUGCUAACGACGGCACUUCGCCUUCCCCUACAACAGCACCACCCCACGGUAGCCAUCCUCAGUUUCAGCAGAUGAAUCAUCAGCAAUCACAACAGCCACCACAACAGCCUUAUCCUUAUCCGGUCCAGCAGCAACCGCAGGGAAGCUGGACUCCUUCCAUAUCUGCUCAGCCAUUCUAUCCUUCUUUCUAUCAAAACCACCAACAAUCGCCUCAGGGUUAUCCACAACUACCACAACAAGCUCCUUAUUUCGACCCGGCAAAUGCGCAGUUGGCUCAAUGGGCCUAUCAGCAGAUGAUGUUCAACGCCCAACAAGGCUUUAUCCCUCCACAGCAAACUCGUUCAUCUUCAGGAAGAAGUGGUUCAGGUCCUUCGCCUGAUUACUUUGCUCAAAAUCAGAUGAAUCCCAUGUUUAACCCGUUCCCGAGCGGAACACCACCGCCACCUCACCCCAACCGAACUGCUUCCGUUGAUCAGCAACAACAGCAACAACAACAGAACGGACAAUAUCCUGGCUUUCAUCCAUAUCGGAGGCCUGUUCGUCAAGGAUCAUCUCAAAGUCAUCCACAUGCAGUUGACGGUGAUUGGCGGCCCGCCAACAUGCCAAUUCCUCCUUAUGCACGUCCAGAUGCGUCAGGUUCGAGUUCCUCUGUGAACUCAACCAAUAGUCAGCGUCAACGCACGAACAGCAAUCAGAGCGGAAACAGUGGGCAAAAUACUCCCCCUGGAGGGAGCAUACGUAGUAGAAAUGGUUCGCCAGCUGCCGCGGGUAAUCAACAACCCGUGUCUCCUGCUACUGCUGCUAGAUCAUCGCCUUCCGGUUCUACUUCAUCGACGAGCUCCGCUACGCCUGCCGCACCAAAGCUUCCCCAUAAUCGGAAUUUGUCAUCCUCUAGUGCAGGCUCGUCUACAGCGUCCAGUCGGCCUAGUGGAUUAGCGCCGUCGAUCACAUCUCCUCCGAUGUCCACAACCUCCUCUACACCUCCUUCUUCGGCCUCCUCCUCCACAAAUCUCCGUCCUGCUAGACCAUCGCCAUUGUCACAGGGUACUUUCACUGCGUCCGAAAAACGAAUGUCUCGCGAUGACAGUGAUCUUGCUGCUAUGUUAGAGUCUACACCUAGUGCUGCGAUGAUUCGGAGUGGUGGUCUUAAGGGACGACUACGUCGUGCUCUCACUUUCAAUGCACAACAACAAGCGUUGAAGGAGGAGGAGGAUGACGAUGACGCUUCCAUCAAAGCUUCUGCCCUCGGCUCGUCUUCUUCAAAACUCAAACCAAAAAGUGCACACUCCAUCAACACAGUUGUUGGUCAAUCCAACCCUGGAGGUGGAGUACCUAGUCCCGACAUUGAUGAUGCUGAAUCAACCGCUACUGUGCAGACAAAGAAGAAGAGUCGUGCUGCGUCGUUGUUUAACUCGCGCCUGAACGCUAGCACGGACAACAUCUCGCUGUCAAGUACAGUUAGUAGUGCCAGCGUGAUGAUACGGAAAUUAGGAAGCAUGGGUAAGCUUGCUCGACGGAACUCUCUAGCGGGGAUCACGUCUUUAUUCAAGGACAAGGAAAAGAAAAACAAGGAGAAGGAGAAAGAAGAAGGCGAAUCUGCGGAUAAGAAGGGCAAGAAAAAGAAGAGCGCAAAGGCUGAAGCCAGCGAAGCUAGUGUCUCUCACGUCACCGCCGAACUGGAUCGCAGCGCUGGUGACUGGGGUGGGCCCGAGAUGAACGGGUUAAGUCCAGCUGCGAAGUUGGCUCGGCAGCAUACGCUUAAGAGUAACGCCGAAGCAGCUGCGAAGGCCAAGGCUCAGCAGGAGGCAGCAGUAGCAGCAGCAGCAGCGGCAGCGGUCAGUAGUACCCAGCCGAACGGGUAUGGAUCCGGAGCCGGAGUGCCUACGUGGGAGAAGAAUACACAUACGAGGCAAGGAUCAGUCUCUCCUGUUAAAGGCGGCGGUGGGUUCAGGAUAAAUGAGGACGGGACAAGAGUGUUGGUGGAAGAUGAUGAUGAGGAUAGGAGUGAUGACGGGCAUUAUGGCGUCCCUACACAAAGUACUGGCGAGUACAAUCCAGAGGGCUGGGAUGAUGAUGAGGAUUGGGAUGGAGAGGACGAUGAGGAUGUGACGAUACGCAUGGGGAUUGGGCGGGUUAGUCUGGAUAACGAGUACGAAGAACCGGACCCUUGGGCGACUGAUAUCCGGAGGAGUGUAGAACGAACACGAGUGCCAGCGAAAGGCAUACUGAAGCAUGCUGCCACUUAUGAUCAGAAAUCUUAUAUGACCGAGAACGUCACAGCCAACAGACUGCGAUCCAAUUCGUAUAAUUCUCAUACUCAUCAGGCAGAACUCGGUCCAUUAGCACGGAUACCUUCGCCAGAUCCCGAUCAUAUCGAUGGUCUUCACAGGCAUGGGUCACAUUCGUCAGGGCAUGGCUCAAACUCUACCGUUACUGCCGCACCUACCAUUCCUCCUCUUUCCUUUGAACCGUCGGCUCCUUCACCAAUACGAGCGACUAAUUUUGACUCACCCAGAGACUCCAUUGACUCGACAUCAACCGUCUCGCACGUCCCACACGCUCCCGAAAAAUCGUCGCUACUGUUCAGUCACUCCAACUCUUCCGCUCCGGCCUUAUCAACCAUCAGUUCAAAGGCGCCUACAUUAACCCAUCGGUCAGCAACUACACCUAGCAAGCGGCUUGCUUUUGCGAAUAACUUAUCGGUGUAUGACACGUUUCCUUCUUCUGUCUAUGACAGACGAAGUGAACCGGCUACCUGGAGUCGGCUAACGCCAGCACUGGCGCAGAGAAUAAAGGAGGAAUUGAAUUCGUACAAGAUGGAGGAAAUGGAGGUUCACGCUGCCAGUCGAAUUCAGUGA